AGAAACUGUCGUGUAUGAUUGUAAGGCAGGAUUGGAACUUGAAAGAAGAGGGAAGGGGUCCGAAGGAUAAAACCCACUCGACGACGAUCAAUCAUCUUUCUCUCGCUCUUUCCUUCUCCACAAACCGAUCUAAACCCCCGCAGCUUCUCAUUUCUUCACAAUGCCGAUCGAUCAAGCUGAGUUAACUACAGAACAGGUUCUGAAAAGGGAUAUCCCAUGGGAGACAUACAUGACAAUGAAGCUUAUCACUGGAACUGGACUUCAGUUAUUGAGGCGUUACGAUAACAAACCUGAAAGUUCCAGGGCCGCACUGCUGGAUGAUGAUGGUCCUGCUUAUGUUCGAGUAUUUGUUGGCAUUUUACGCGACAUAACUAAAGAAGAUACAAUAGAAUAUGUUCUGGCUUUAAUUGAUGAAACACUUGCAGCAAAUCCAAAGAGAGCCAGGUUAUUUUAUGACAAAUCUCUUGCUAGUGAAGAUAUAUACGAGCCUUUCUUGAGAUUGCUUCAAUAUGGCAACUGGUUCAUACAGGAGAAAAGCUGUAAGAUACUCUCUGUGAUAGUGAGUGCUAGGCCUAAAAGCCAUGAUGUCUAUGUAAAUGGAGAAGCAUCUAAAUCAAAGGGGAAAUUGAAGACCAUUGAUGAUGCUCUGAAUGGGCUGGUAGAAUGGCUUUGUGCACAGCUGAGGAGCCCUUCCCAUCCAACUCGUGGCAUCUCAACAUCUAUUAAUGCUCUGGCAACACUGCUGAAAGAACCAACAGUCAGAUCUUCAUUUGUUCAAGCAGAUGGAGUGAAGUUACUCAUUCCUCUGAUCUCUCCUGCAUCCACUCAACAGUCUAUUCAGCUUCUUUAUGAAACAUGCCUUUGCAUUUGGCUCUUGUCAUUUUACGAGCCUGCUGUUGAGUAUUUGGCUACUUCAAGAACCAUACCACGACUAAUAGAUGUUGUCAAGGGAUCAACAAAGGAGAAGGUUGUGAGGGUGGUGGUUUUAACUCUUCGGAACUUACUUCCGAAAGGGACUUUCGGUGCACAGAUGGUUGAUCUAGGGUUGCCUCAGAUUGUUCAGAAUCUAAAAGCACAGGCAUGGAGUGAUGAGGACCUGUUGGAGGCUUUAAACCAACUUGAAGAAGGCCUCAAAGAUAACAUCAAGAAACUGAGCUCUUUCGACAAGUAUAAGCAGGAAGUUCUACUUGGCCAUCUAGACUGGUCACCCAUGCACAAAGAUCCCAUAUUCUGGCGUGAAAAGAUUAAUAAUUUUGAAGAAAAUGAUUUCCAGAUUCUUAGGGUGUUGAUUACCAUUUUGGGCACUUCCAACGAUCCAAGGGCCCUGUCGGUGGCUUGCUAUGACCUUUCUCAGUUUAUUCAGUACCAUCCUGCUGGUCGGGUUAUAGUAACCGACCUCAAAGCUAAGGAUCAGGUUAUGAAACUGAUGAAUCACGAGAAUUCCGAGGUUACCAAAAAUGCACUUCUUUGCAUCCAGAGACUAUUCCUUGGUGCCAAGUACGCCAGCUUCCUGCAGGCAUAAAUCUUAAUGGGGAUCGCGACUAUCGAUCACCAGUACCAAAUGAUUCGUUCAGUUUGACAAUAAAUCUAAGCCAUCACACAAUCCUUUUCUUGUGAGUUCUGCUUUGUAAUGUGUAUUUCUGUUUAUGUAAUGUUGUUUGAGGAGUUUCUCUCCUUGCAUGAGAUCAUUUUUCGAUUUCUUUCUUUCUAAAGCGAAAAUUUCUUUUUGGUUAUGGGAUAUGGAUAUAAUUUAAUUACUCAACAUUAUUUAUUUUAUGUUGUUGUGUAUGCAAUAAGAUGAAUUUGAAGA